AUGGUGGGGCUUGAAAUGAUUUUGGGGUUUGAUUGGUUGUCAAAAAAUCGGUUUUUGUUGGAUUGCUUUGAACGGACAAUUCGGUUUAUGCCGAAAGGAGAAAAUGGAGCAGUGGUAGCUACGGGGUAUUACUUGAACUCUGUAAUGAUGCAUUGUAGUGGGGAGGAGUGUCAGGGUUAUAUUCUGUUUGCUGCUAAUGCGUCGGGUGAUGCCCAGAACUUAGAUCAAAUACCGGUGGUUAGAGAUUUUUCAGAAGUAUUCCCGGAAGAUAUUCCUGAGUUCCCACCUCAAAGGGAAAUUGAAUUUGCGAUCGAAUUGGUGCCGGGAGCCGGACCAGUGUCGAUUGCGCCGUAUAGAAUGGCUCCGAUAGAGCUGGCAGAGUUAAAGACUCAGUUAGAAGAGCAUCUGAACAAAAGGUUCAUUUGA